AUGUUGCCGAUCACCGAAUCAGCGGUCGAGAAGAAGGUAGUUGAGAAGCGCGCCGCGUCGGCCACCAACAUUAUGCCGCCGACGAAGAGUGAUGGCGGCGGCGUCGAAUGGAAACCGCCGCCGGAGAAUGAGCGGCCCAAACAUCCCGGAUUUGAGACGCCGAUUGAGGCUACCGAAGAGACCAAGACGCAAUACCAGAUUAACAAAUUCCGCGAUGCCGCCGAUUUCGUCUAA